AAAGGCACACAGGGACUUUAAGCCCUCAGUUGCACAUUCAGGCACCUGCAGCACCAUGACUGGCGGACACGAUAUCAAAGCAUAGCCACCAAAUUAACGCCAGUACCCGAAACCACAACAAAAAACAAAAAACAAAAAAAACCAAACAAAAACAACAACAAAUUGACUGGAAGGAGCUUGUUAGGAGGCGGGAAGCAGCCUGAAAGCCUAAAAUCAGGGCAGCGGGAGACCCAAGCAGCUCUCGGCUCCAACCCGGAAACAAGCAGACUCGUCGCAGUUGAACCAGACAGACACAUUAAACACAGCCGCGGGAAAAAGAAAAAAACAGGGGAAAUAAGUCAACACCAUGCCCAAAAAGAAGGAGAUAGUUAGAGCUGGCGCUCCUGUACCCAGAAUACGAGAGGGAUCGAGGCUAAUGCGCACACAUGAAACGAUGGUAGAUUUCAUAAAUGGACGUCAUCCUCGGAGCUCGUUCCUGGAUGUCUUCGCCUCCGGCUUAUUUGGUUUAGAUUUUUUAAGGAACCUGGAUGGAGACCUGGAGGACGACAUCAUAUAUUCUGAUGAUGACGAUGAUGACGAUGAUCACUUGUAUCCACACAAUUCUGCUCACAGACCUUUAGAACCACAUCCCCGAAUAAGACAACUCACUGACGAGGAGGCAGAUAAACAUGCAAAAGAAUUGAUAGAAGAAGAAGAACGACGAAAAGAGAAAACAGAGAGGAACAAGCGUAAAAAAAUGCGUAAAAAACAAAAGAAACGAUUAGAAAAGGAGAAUGCAGUAAAAGACAUUUUACCUGAGGAAGAACAAGGGAAGUCAGACUCCUCAGAAAAUCAGGAAGAAAAUCCGGUUAUUGAAAAUAAUGCAGAAGCAGAUAAAUCUCCCGAAUCUGGUAAAACACAAAAUGCAACAGAGGAAGUUCAAUGUGACGAGAGCGGUGGUAAUAAUAAAGAAGAAAAUCCUCCAAAGAUGAAUACGAAAGAAAAUGAGGAGCAAAAGGAUUUGGAUUUAAAUAAUUCAUAUGCUUCUAUGGCUAAACCGGUGCCUGAGGAGACGUGUAACCACAUGCCUGCGAGAGAAGGAAAAAAGGAAAAAACAGCUAAAAUACUGGAAGUUGAGCAGUUGAAGGAAGAAAAGCCAGAAGUUGUGGAGAGACCCGGAAUUCAAAAGAAGAAGGAAGUGAAACAGGAACCCAAUGAAAAAAAAACGAUGGAUCCCACUGCAAACGAUCUUGCAAAGAGAAGCAGAGAGCUUGCUGGUAUUGGAAAUCGUUUGGCUGCCUCUGGACAGUACGAGAUGGCGGUGAAAUACUUUACGGACGCCAUUAAAUACAACCCAAAGGAAUAUAAGUUAUUUGGAAAUCGGUCCCUUUGUUAUGAAAGAACGCAGCAGUAUGAAAACGCUCUCAGGGAUGCUGACAUAGCACUGUGCAUGGAGCCAAACUGGAUAAAAGGUUUAUUUAGGAAAGGGAAAGCUCUCUGUGGGCUCAAGAAAUACUACGAGGCCUCGCUGAUCUAUAAGGAGGUGUUACAGCUGGAAAGUUCGAGCGUUGAAGCCACACAAGAGCUGAAACGAGCACAGACGUUGCACCUCAUGGAAAUGGGAUUCACCUGGGCGCAGAGCUCUGAGGCCUUGAAGUCGCACGCCACCUUAGAGGAAGCUGUUGAAGCUCUGUUUAGUUGUGACAGUAAUCCGGGUCCUAGAGAUGUCGGUGCAAGUAAGAACAAAACAGUCCCACCAGUGGUGAAGGUAGAAGAUGACGAUGAGGGCGAGUGGACUGUGCUACAGACGAGCCGUCCCAGAUCGCAGCAGAUCAAAGAGUCUGAUGCUCUGGGCCAAAGCAGGUCGAAGUCUCAGUCGCCGACCCCUCAUUCAAGGAAUUCAAUGAAACCGGAGCUUUUCUCCGUUUGGGUGGGAUCCUUGGCCCCUACUGUCACCUACUCGACACUCCACGAGCUCUUCAGCAGAACUGGGGCCGUCUACAGCAUCAAGAUGCUGCUGGAACACCAGUGUGCCUUUGUGAACUACACCAGAAAGGAGGACUGUGACAGAGCCAUCCAGAGUUUUAAUGGACUGGUGGUAGAGGGGGCUCCGCUGUCUGUGCGAUAUCCCAGUAAAAUCCACACUGGACUUGGUAUGUCCAAAUCGGCCGCCACUGACCCCUACUCGCGCCCCGGCCCGUACAAGAAAGAGUGCUUUUUCUGGAGGACCACAGGCUGCACGAGGCCGGACUGCACCUUCAAACAUGUCCCAGAGAACAAGAACAUCGACAGGGACAAAUUCACCAGUAGACUGGGAAAUCUAGGAAAUUAAAAACUACGAGCAUGCGUCGUCUCCUUUGACAUUUGACACAAUGGUGGAGCCAGACUGGGCUGCUUUUAGUCACCUCGACUUGUCUUUGUUUUUGGUUGUUGUGAAGUUUUGGCUGCAAAAAAAAAAAAAGAAUAGUUGUGUUUUGAAUUUGCCACGUUGUUUUUGGAAAUGUUCACACCAUGAUGGCCCUACCAUUGUACGAAUACAAAGGAUACAAAGGACACAUCAGACUAUGUUAUACUACUGUAUUAUAGUAAGAAUUCAUGUGCAUCAAGCUUUGAGCAUUCCUUUGCAAUAUGCUUUUGUCAGGGAUUACUUGUAAUUAUCUAAUCUGUUUAAAGAUUGUGUUAAAACACUUUAUUUUUUUUACUUUCUUGCAUUGUUUUAAAUUUGAUUUUAACAGAUUCUUCUGGUUUUUUUUUUCAGUCACCACUAGGUGGCAGCGUUACCUUUUAUCCCUUAACUUGGGGGCUACAAACUGUUCUGCUUUCAUUUUAAAGGCUGUGAUUGAUGAGUAGUUGUAUUACUGGCACAUUUAUUGUGCCAUGUUUAAUUAUGAAACUGUACUCUGUAAUUAGGCUGCUGGGACAUUUCAUGUGCAGAGUGACUAAUGGUUCAGUUCAGUAGUUCUGUACAUUACGUAUACAUUUUGUAAUGGCAUGUCUGUUGCAGAAUCUGUUUAAGUGUAGUGAUGUGUGGAAACAAACUAUCAUACAAUAAGUGCCUUUUAGUAGCACUGUGGCUGCAGUUUAUCAUAGGUCAGUCCAGAGGGAAUUAAAAGCCUCAACUUUGAGAGAGUUAAUGUGCCAUACAAAUUGAUAUAUACACACACAGUACAAGACCAAAGACUUGUGUAGGUGGAGGAGUGUAGAUGGAUGUGAAUCACUACAAAGAAUAAUAUAGUCAGCCUCAUCUCAGCUUCAGGCCGAGCACAGUCUGUGAGCAGGAUUAUUCAAGCCUCAGCAUGUAACUCGGUGUAAUUUGGGAUAUCACUAUGAGGUCAGAGGAAGCUGUGACUUGAGGAUGAGAAAACCCAGUGGUCUUUCGCUGUCCCCCCCACCAAAACGUCUCCGGAUUAAUCCCGGCAGCAGCUGUGUAUCCUGUUGCAGUGUCCUUGAGCGAGGAGCUCUCUGCAGUUGUCUUCGCCUGAGUUUGAGCAGACGUGCCAGUUUAAACGCCUCAUAAGUAACUGUUGUCCCCGCAGGUUUUAUCUAAAGCGAGGUAUUUCUCAGCCUAAAAUACACCUUUCAAUCCUCCAUACUGUGUCUCCUUGCCAUUAAUGUGCGUGGGAUUUGUGUAGACCCCCCCCCUUCGAUAAAGCGCAGCAGGUUUUGUAAUGUGACUCAAGCAGUUCAAGGUCACUUUUGUGACUCCUGUUAUGCAAUGUGUGGGGUGUGAAUUACAAAACCUUCCUAAAGAGGUGAAUAAUUACCUAAAAAUGAAGUUGGAGUGAGGGGAGGGGGGAAAAAAGAAAAGUUUAAGGCAUUUAGCUGUGAAAAGUGCUUACUCUUGACCUUACAGACAGAGCAGCUGUAGUCGUGGGCAUUAAUUGGCUGAUGGUGGCAUACCUCACAAAGCCCUUUUGAUCUGUGUGAGAUUUGAGAGCAUGAAAGGCUUGUAAUACUAAUAACAUGAACUCUGGUUGAACCCAUAGGCAGCUCUGGGACAUGCAGUUGAUACAUUACCAACUCACAAAAUGGGUCUAUAUUUAAUCUUUGUCCGCUUGGCUUUGCCCUGCUUUUAAAAAAAGAAAUGAAAAAAACCUGUUCAAAUGCAGAUAAAGACUUGAUAAGACGUUAGGGUUCACAAACCGGCUGGAAUCAACAUCCCACCACUCCGGGCUCGGACAAAGCCAAUCCCUCACUUAACUAAAGCAAACACCAGGAAGAUUAAGUGCAUCUUGUUAAAAGGCUGCUUGGUUUGUGGAGCUUUUAACAGAUUUCUCUCUCUUUCUCUCUCCCUCCCCAAUAGGAGUGAAAGGGGAAGCAGAGAAACACUGUAACAGAAAUUAACCAGCAGACGUGACAUGUUGCUCUCCCACUCUUUUUUGCUUUUUGAUGUAUGGCUAUGCAGCAAAAGAAAAAUCCUCCCUCACCCCCCCCCAGAAGAGAAGUGUUGGGUUUGGAGUAAUUGAAUGCAUUGCUUUUAGCGCAGGGAUACAUAAUCUAAUUUUUAUUCUAAUUCUGUGGUUUUCCCUCCGCUGGUAAAUAAACUAUUGAUGUGACAUGAGGGAGUAGCUGACUCACGCUGUAUAUCAACAGUCUGAUUUGUUUCUAAGGCAGCCAGUAUAAAUGCUCCACUGCUCCCCACUCGGCUCGCAGGCCUCUGCUCAAACUUCAUAACCUCAAGGCUGCUGCUGUUUGCUUGUCCUCUUUAAAGGAAUGACACUUCAAACAUACUGUGUGUAUUUUGGAGCCUUCCAACAGAUUCUUGUAGUAAAAGCUUUGCAAGUUUAAAGGCCUUGAAACUUGUGGUCCUACAUGAGCACGCAUUUUUCUGUUAAAAUUAGAAUAGUUUUGGUUAUUUCACUGUUCUGUUUGAGCUGUUUUCACUGGUUUAAAGUGGGCAACAGUCAAUGUUUAAAUCAAAAUCAGAUGGCUGUUGUUGGGUUGUUACCUGAUGUCGUUAAUCAAACGUGAUAACACAUGUAAUAAGUCCUUAAGAAGAUGAUUAGCUGGGCCUUUGAGUGUUAAAAUCUGUCUGUUUUUUGUUCAAAACUUUAAUUUAUUCAGUAAGGAAUAUUUAGAGAAGUUAUUUACUUAUAGAGAAAUAGUUGAAUUUCAUUUUCAGGGGUUUUAAGACUUCAAAUCAAAAACAAAAAGAAGCAAAAUGUUGCUCUUUAUUAAUCAUAUGUCAAUGUUUUUGUUCUAUGAUGUGAUAAAACAUGAAGAAUUUUAUUUAAAAAUAUCUAGAUUUUAAUUUGCUACUACUGGAAAAUCCUGUCUUAUAAAAGUGCCAAGCUGACCAACAAUUUAAACGUACAAUUUUUGGACCAAACUGUUGUGUCUGCAGAUUGUAAUGAGUAUAAUAACCGAGAUCAACAAGAUGUUAUGAUGGUGGACUCAGACAAUGGGGGAGGCAUCUGGUUCACUGCAGUCUCUUUCCAACCCGUGCUGGAUUCCCUUUGUUGCACUGUGAAAUGAAUACAGUAAUUGUCACAAUGAGAAAUUGACCUUCUCUUUAAUCUAGACACAGGCACCCUUAACAUGUUAAAAUAGCGCAAACCCAAUUAGGGAAUUGAUUGCUUGCUUUCAUUUUCCUCAUUUGCAUCAGGGUCAUAUAGGGAAGAUAAAUUAAUGUCUAGUCUUUUGUCCACACUGUCGUUCCUGGUUACCGAGUAUCUAUUGCUAAGAAAUGAGCAGGAGGAAAAAGUCUUUUGUCUCCCCUUGACGAACUCAUCUCUGAUAAUCUGCUGUUAAACACAUACAAGAAAUAAAGACCUACAGAAGAUUUAAAA